CUUGUGGAGCUGAACGGACUCGGGCAGAAGAUAGGUUUUGUUCGAGUUGUGGAAAUUGUAUGUAUUGUAUAUGAUCCAUUGUCGUUUCGCCUUGAGAGGUAUUGCUUUCCAAUAAAUGUUGCAGGCUGCCUUAUACCUUCUUUGCCCAUUUAUUCUGUUUGAGUCAUGCAGCUAAUAGAGGUUAUUUUUAAACAACAUAUUCAGAUAUGAGGAAAAAUGGUCGAACAUCAGAACAUUCAGAUGUUGCUCAACAACUAUAGUCUCCCCCCCCCCGAACCUGAGGCAGGAAGUCAAUAAAUUUUGGCCUUGUUCUCUAUUUGGGGGUUGCUAUCAUGUUGGGAACAAACAGCAAUAUUGACACCCCAACCUAAACUAUACUCUAUGCUCUAGUUAAUUUUCAAGAAUAAUAAUACCAAGUCGAGACUUUGUAGCAAAUUUGCUACAGAAACAUUUCAGCUUUGCACAAACCUUGUUCUUAUGUACCGAUCAAUUCGAAACUUCAUCAUCAUACCCCGGGAAUUUGACUUCAAGUCUUCUCCAGGGAGUAAGGAAUUUGACGUUCUAGGUCUUCCAUGUGGUGGGGCACUUGAUAACGGGGUGGGGAAUUUGAACCGGAAGUCUUAAAAUUUUGCCCGUUUUCGCGUGCUUCCUGCAUGUACAGAAAAUACUUCGCAUUGGCGGCAAAUACAGUUUUCUCAGAUUUCAAGGGAAACGGCCUCAAUUUUGUGAAAAACUGGCUCAAAGAAACGGGAAUGGAAAAUCUAUGUGUUUCAUUCGAAGGUAUGUACUACAUAAUUGUGUAAAACUGGUAAAUUUCCACAAGGUAUCCAAACUUUUUACGUGAAUUUCGCUAUCUUGUCGAAAAACAUUUCCAUAUAUUUUGUACUUUUUGUAUUUACUGUUUUAUAAUUUUCAUAUGAAGGUGGGGCAUUUGAACGCUUAAUUUCUUGUUACAGUGGGGCAUUUGAAGACAAUUUUUGCUCAGGGGGUGGAGAAUUUGAUCAGUCACAUUUCAAAAAGUUCAAAUUCCCGGGGGGGGGGGGUGAAGUUUCGAAUUGAUCGAUACAUUAGGCUAUUGUCUAUUCGCAUUUGAUCAUAAUUAAAAAACGCUCUAUUGAAAUGUUUAACAAUCUUGUUAAGAUUUUCUUGUGGAUCAGAAUGAAAUAACUGAUGAAGAGUCUGAUGAUGAAGAGUCAAUAAGUAGCACAGAUAGUGAAGAAAUCGACGAAAAAGAACUUAUUACAUUUUAUUUUAACCGUGGUUUUAGCUAUAAUGAAAUAAUUCAAUUUCUUGCAAAACAGCAUAAUUUUUCUAUAAGCUAUAGGACACUCUGCAGACGUUUAAAGUCAUAUGGCCUUUACAGGCAGGGAUUCAACGAACAAGUUAAUUCAGAGGACAUCUUAGAGAUAGUGAGACGACGGAUAACUGAAAUUAUAAAUGGACCUGGAUCCUGUGGUGGUUACAGAACAGUCUGGCACACCUUAAAGAUGGAAGGUCUGCAGGUCCCCCGAAUUGUUGUUCAAGAAAUACUAAAAGAGCUAGAUCCAGAGGGAACAGGGCGCAGGAAGGCUCACAGGUUAAAGCGAAGGCAGUAUCAUAAUCCUGGCCCAAACCAUUCAUGGCACAUGGAUGGGUAUGAUAAACUUAAGCCAUUUGGCUUUCCUGUCCAUGGAGCCAUUGAUGGAUUCAGUAGAAAAAUUUUGUGGUUAAACGUGACUCGCUCCAAUAAUUCUCCAGACAAUAUUGCUCAAUACUAUUUAAAUGCUGUAGGUGAAUUUAAUGGGUGUCCAAAAGUAUUAAUAACAGAUAUGGGUACUGAGAAUGGAUUGGCAGCAUCAAUCCAGUGUUAUUUUAGGGAUGAACUUGAAGCUCAUCGCUAUGUGCCAUCGACACGAAAUCAACGCAUAGAAGCGUGGUGGUCAUUUUUUGUGCGAAAUAGGUCAUCAUGGUGGAGGAAUCACUUCAAAGACAUGGAGUCAGAAGGAAUGUUAGAUUGUGCUGCUGAAAUAAGUAUGGAAUGUCUUUGGUAUUGCUUCGCAGAGCUUAUUCAAAAGGACUUAGAUUUUGUAAAAGAGCAUUGGAACUGUCACCGAAUUAGAAAAUCAAGGCAUGAUACAAGAUCAGGGCGUCCCGAUUCUCUUUUCUUCCUACCAGAACAUCAUGGUGCUAUUAAUCUUUUGAGUAUGGUUCCUCAAGAAGAGAUUGACUAUGUUUCCCAGCAUGUAGUGUAUAGAAACAGCCGAAAUGAAUAUCAAGAAUACUUCGACUAUGUAAUGGCAACCUUGGGACUAAACAGACCAACAAAAUGGGAAGAAGCAGACAAUUUGUACUGUCAGCUUAUGGCAAUCGCCGAAAAUGGUGCAUGA